CAAUCCUCGGGUCUGGGAUCAGUCACAGAUUGAAAUCCGCGUGGUGUGGACGUCCCCUGGAAACCUACUCUCUUCAGCCAUGCAGCGAUUUUUGGGAAGAAGCGGCCACAGCCUGCUGAUGAGGUGUGGCCACCGCUACCUGGCCACCACCCCCGUGGAGGAGGUGCUGUUCCCCACCAAGUCCGACUUCCCCAGUCGUCACAUUGGGCCCCGUAAGACGGAUGUGGUAGCCAUGCUGGACACAUUGGGUUACAAGUCCCUGGCUGAGCUGACCGAGAAGGCAGUGCCCCAGAGCAUCCAGUUGAAGCGCGAUCUCGACCUGGACAAGCCCUUGAACGAGCACGAGCUGAUCCGUCGAAUCCGCGACAUCUCGCUGAAGAACCAGCUGUGGCGCUCCUACAUCGGCAUGGGCUACCACAACUGCCAUGUGCCCCACACCAUUAUCCGGAACAUGUUUGAGAAUCCCGGAUGGACAACUCAGUACACACCCUACCAGCCGGAAAUCGCCCAAGGCCGUCUGGAGUCGCUGCUGAACUACCAGACUCUGGUCUCCGACCUCACUGGCUUGGAUGUCGCCAACGCGUCGCUCCUGGACGAGGGAACCGCCGCCGCCGAGGCCAUGUGCCUGGCCACCCGGCACAACAAGCGGAAGAAGCUGUACCUCUCCAACCGGGUCCACCCGCAGACACUUUCCGUGGUCAGGACUCGAGCCGAGGCUCUGGAGCUAGAGGUUGUGGUGGGUCCUAUUGAGCAGGCCGAUCUGCCCAGCCGGGAGCUGGCUGGCAUUCUUCUUCAAUAUCCAGAUACCUAUGGAGAUGUCAAGGAUUUCGAGGACAUCGCAGCCCUGGCCAAGAAAAACGGGACCCUGGUGGUAGUGGCCACUGAUCUUCUCUCGCUCACUUUGCUUCGUCCCCCGGCAGAGUUUGGAGCCGAUAUUGCCGUGGGUACCUCCCAGCGUCUGGGCGUGCCCCUGGGAUACGGCGGACCCCAUGCCGGAUUCUUCGCCUGCAAACAGAGCUUGGUCCGACUGAUGCCGGGACGCAUGAUUGGCGUCACGCGGGACAUGGACGGCAACGACGCCUACCGACUGGCCUUGCAAACCCGCGAGCAGCACAUCCGGCGGGACAAGGCCACGAGCAACAUCUGCACGGCCCAGGCUCUGCUGGCCAACAUGUCGGCCAUGUACGCCAUCUACCACGGACCGGAGGGCCUCAAAGCCAUGGCCAAUCGCAUCCACCACUUCACCCUGACCCUGCAGACAGGACUUCUGGGAGCGGGACACGAGGUGGUCAACAAGAACUUCUUUGACACGCUAAAUGUGAGGCUCUCCGGAGACUUGGCGGUCGAGGAUCUGAAGGAGCGCUCGGAGCACAAGCGGAUCAACCUUCGCUACCUGGAAGAUGGCACAGUGGGAGUGGCUUUGGACGAGACUGUGAGCGUGGCGGAUGUGGACGAUCUUCUGUGGGUCUUCAAGGCAGACACCAGCGUGGAGCAGAUCCUGGCCCGUCGCGACGUCUUAAAGAACUCGAUAGAGAACUCCAAGUUCCUGCGCACCUCGCCCUUCCUGCAGCAUCCCAUCUUCCAGAGCUAUCACAGCGAAUCCCGCAUGGUGCGCUAUAUGAAGAAACUGGAGAACAAGGACAUCUCGCUGGUGCACUCUAUGAUCCCUCUAGGAUCUUGCACCAUGAAACUGAACUCUACAACGGAGAUGAUGCCGUGCUCCUUCCGCCACUUCACCGACAUCCAUCCCUUUGCACCGGUGGAGCAGGCCCAGGGCUUCCACCAGAUGUUCAACGAACUCGAGCGAGACCUUUGCGAGAUUACCGGCUACGACAAGAUCUCCUUCCAGCCCAAUUCCGGAGCCCAAGGAGAGUACGCUGGGCUGAGGGCCAUUCGGAGCUAUCACGAGCACCGCAAUGAGGGCCACCGAAACAUCUGUCUUAUUCCGAUCUCUGCCCACGGAACCAAUCCCGCCUCAGCUCAGAUGGCGGGCAUGAAGGUGGAGCCCAUCCGGAUUUUGUCCAAUGGAUCCAUCGACAUGGCCCACUUGAGAGCCAAGGCAGAGGAGCACUCCAGCGAGCUGUCCUGCCUGAUGAUAACAUAUCCUUCCACCAUGGGCGUCUUCGAGGAGACCGUGGCGGAAAUCUGCACCCUGAUCCACAAGCACGGAGGUCAAGUCUACCUGGACGGUGCAAACAUGAACGCCCAAGUGGGGCUGUGUCGCCCCGGAGACUACGGCAGCGAUGUCUCGCAUCUGAACCUCCACAAGACCUUCUGCAUUCCCCACGGUGGUGGCGGCCCUGGCAUGGGGCCCAUUGGUGUCAAAGCCCACCUGGCGCCUUACCUCCCGGGUCAUCCGGUCAUCAGCCCAUUGAGUAGUGAGGAACACAGCUUCGGAGUCGUCUCCGCAGCUCCCUUCGGCAGCUCCGCCAUCCUGCCCAUAUCCUGGUCGUACAUCAAGCUGAUGGGCAGUCGGGGCCUGAAGAGAGCCACCCAGGUGGCCAUCCUGAACGCCAACUACAUGUCCAAGCGACUGGAGCAGCACUACAAGACCCUCUACAAGGCGCCCAACUCCCAGCUGGUGGCCCACGAAUUCAUUCUGGACAUCCGGGAUCUGAAGAAGACCGCCAACAUCGAGACCGUUGAUGUGGCCAAGCGGCUGAUGGACUACGGAUUCCAUGCCCCGACUAUGUCUUGGCCGGUGGCUGGAACCUUGAUGAUCGAGCCGACAGAAUCGGAGGACAAGGAGGAACUGGACCGCUUCUGCGACGCCAUGAUUUCCAUUCGUGAGGAGAUUGCCGAAAUUGAGGCGGGUCGCAUGGAUAAAGCGGUGAACCCCAUCAAGAUGUCCCCUCACACCCAGGCCCAGGUUAUAUCCGACAAGUGGGAUCGUCCCUACACUCGGGAGCAGGCCGCGUUCCCAGCUAUUUUUGUGAAGCCCGACGCCAAGAUCUGGCCCACGGUGGGCAGGAUUGACGAUGCCUACGGCGAUAAGCACCUGGUGUGCACCUGCCCGCCCAUUCUACCUGAUUUAUAAGAAACCAUAGUACUAAGAAAAACCGAAUCCUCACUGAUAAUUACUUUUUAAUAAAAACCUAUGCGUUUAUCGUGACAA